UGAGAAAUCAACGAGCGAAGAGCGAGAGAGAAGAGAGAGAGAGGAAGAAGACGGAGAGGAGAGACAGCGACUGGCACUGCUCCAAGCUGAGGGCCUCCUGUUAAACGCCUACGACGACAAGAUUAGCCCCGUCAAACCAUGGCGUCCACGGCGACCAUACCUGCUUUCGUGCUUCCUCGCGCAAUCCCUAGAGCUGCCCGCCCACCUCCAGCCUCAGCAUCCCUCUUCCGCCGUGCCUCCGCCAAACCAUGUAAUUCCCGUUGCGCCUCCACGUCCUCGCAGAAACCGCGUGUGCUCGAGAAGCCAGACAAAUUCCGGCCUCCAUCCCAUCCGGCCCGGAGAGUGCUCUCGCCCAAUGCCCAGCCUCGAAAUUACCCCGGCCCUCCAUUAUCUGCCAAGGAGCUCGAAGAACAAAAGACGAAGAGAUAUCCCAACAUGUUUCCGCCAGAGGGAACCGUGAUGCAUAAAUUCCUGACAAACAGAGGCAUCCAUCUCUGGAUAUCACUCGGCGUCCUCUUCUCCCUCGCAACGUUCACCUACACCACCAACUUCAGGGCCACUUCGCCUUUCGCGCAUCUCCUCCCACCCUGGUCCGGCCUGCUCACUCAUCCCAUCGACACAGUCGGCCAAUUCCUCUCCGUCAUGAAGAUGCACGCUGACCACCUCACGCUGGAAACUACCGAAAAGCGGAAGCGUAAUGUGGACGAUGUGCAAAAGAGAAAGGAGUAUAGGAUUGCACAUGGCCUGGAGGAGCCGGAUGUGAAGCCGGAAAGUGAUGAGAAUAGUCCGCAGAGGAACGAUGCGGAUGGUGAGGCCGGUGCGGUUGCUGUCGCUGCGUCAGGAACGCGGGAGGGCGGGCAGCCCGGCGAGGGAGAGACGUACGUGGAUUGGGAGGGGAAGAAGAGGCCAGUUAAGAAGUGGUUUGGCAUUUGGUGAGUUGCGGGGCUUGGGUUUGGAGAGUGGAAUGUCGGGUGUUUGAAUUGCACUGUAUAAUAUUAAAGCAUUUGGGCCUGGGAGUAUUGUGUUUAUACGGGUAAAAAAAAAGAAUUGGGUGGACUUUUUUUGAUUUUGGUUAUGAAUGUGAUACACAAAAGCGCGCUUUAGCUUUGUUUCGCGAGUUAAUUGGAAUAAAAAGACAUCUCCUACUGUAUCUCGAUCUAGGCGGUAUUUGGUCUCUUCUCCUCUUGUUAGCCUCGCAGCAGGCCUGAUUCCUUAUCAGACGGUGUAAGUCUGAGCCAGGGUAGAGCUCGCUGUCUGGAGCCGUGAACCAUUCAGGACAUCUCGAUUCCCUUCAAACCCCAGUUAUAUAGUAUGGUAUGGUUCUCCCACGCACGGCCAGCUCCUCUUCCUUUAAUACCUAAGGACAAAAAAAAAGCCGGUCCAUUGGCGGUGUUUCUGUGCAUCUCACAGCAAUCUUUUGAUCCCUGGAGAAAUUCAAUUGCUUCUUUAUCCCACUUCCACUCCCUCCAAUCCUUGCAUGACCUCAUCGCCAACACCGCCCCUUUGCAGCACCAACUUUACAAUUUUCGAGAUGAGCCCCCUCUUCACUCCACCUUGUCUAGGUUUCCACACUCCCUGAACAGACUCACUCGUCACGGGCUGCUGCUCAACGGAGUCGUCACCUGCGCUGACUCCAAUGUUGACUGCAUUCUCUGAAUUAGAUAGUCCCGAGUUGGUUAGCCGGGACGGCGGAUCGAUGGUGCGAAUUGCCAGGAGCUUCAGGUUACUCGCAUCCUGGUCCUGUUUGUCCUUUGAUAUUUGCUCGUCGCGGCCGAUGGAGACGCAAAACACGGCAUCCGCGACGGCGAUUUCUUCCCUGCUUGGAUCGAAGAUGAUGUUUUCGCCGACGGCGAUGA